AUGGGAAGAGGCAAAGUCCUGAACGAGCACGAAAAGGAGCUUAUCGCUGGUCUUUCUCAAGGCGGUAGAACCAUUCGAGACAUCGCUGCUCGUGUGCAGCGCUCCAAGAACGUAGUUUCUAACUUCCUGCGCGCGCCGUUGGAAUUUGGGAGAAAAAAAUCGCCAGGAAGACCGCAAAAGCUAUCCCCCACCGACAAGAGAAGGUUACUUCGGGCUGCUUCAAAUGAAACAAAAGACUCUAACACGCUUCGUCAGGAGCUGGGACUCUCUGUUGCCUCACGGUCAGUCAAUCUGCCGCACGCUGCACAACGACCCGAACUUCCAAUUCAAGAAGAUGGUGUCGGCUCCAAUGAUGCUGCCCCGUCAUCUCGUCGCCCGUGA